AUGCCAUCUACCCUUCUCGCCACCUUCAAGGCGGCUCUGGCCCUGACAGCUACGGCCACCAUCGGGUACGCUUCCACCAUCCGGCCGCCGCCCGGUACGUUUCCUGCCGCUCGAGGCUUCGGACUGGAGCGACGCGCUCCUGGCGUGAGCGGGAAACCUUGGAUCCGGUCCUUCAACCUCUCCGUCCCCAUCGAUCACUUCCACAAUGACUCCCGUUACGAGCCGCAUUCGGAUGGCCACUUCAAUCUUCGGUACUGGCUUGAUGCGUCCAACUAUAAAGAGGGCGGCCCCGUUAUCGUCCUCCACUCUGGCGAGUUCAACAGCCAAGAUCGGCUGGCUUAUCUCGAUUACGGUAUCGUCUCCAUCCUUACCAAGGCUACCGGCGGCGUCGGCCUCAUCUUGGAGCACCGGUACUACGGAACGAGUUUUCCGACCGCAAACCUAACCUUUGAAAAUCUUCGCUUCCUCACGACCGAGCAGGCCCUUGCCGACACGGCCUACUUUGCAAAGCACGUCCAGUUCUACGGUCUUGAGCAUCAUAACCUCACGGCGCCCAACGCGCCUUGGAUUCUCUAUGGUGGCUCCUAUGCCGGAUCCGUCGCAGCCUUUGCCCGCAAGCUGUAUCCCGAUAUCUUCUGGGGCGCCAUCUCCUCCUCGGGCCCGCUGCAGGCCAUAGACAACUUCUGGCAGUUUUUUGAAGUUUCGCGACGCUACGCCCCGGCUGACUGCUCGGUUACGCAGCAGAAACUCGUUCAUGUCAUCGACACGAUGCUCUUUAGUAAUGAUAGCAGAGAUGCCACUCGAAUCAAGAAGGUCUUUGGCCUUGAGUAUUUAUGGGACGAUGAGUUUGCUGGCCUUUUAUCUGCCACUUGGGGCCGGUUCCAGAAUACCAACUGGGAUCCCAAGUUGAAUGAUACGAGUUUCAACGCCUACUGCACAACGAUUACGUCGAAUAGCCUUCUAUUUCAGAACGCGACUUCACUACGCUCCGAGGUUGAGCGUGCCGUUAUCCUUGCAGGCUACAAGGGGGAGGCGGAGCUGCUGUCGACGCAAAUGCUCAACUGGAUCGGCUACACGAGGAAGAAGAUGGAGAGGCUCGGAGAGUGGUGCCGGAAGAAGGACCUUCGAGAAUGUAUAUCAGGUCGCUUCGACCAGCCUAAUACGCGUCUGGAUGCCGGUUUCAUGCGAACGUGGGGAUAUCAAACAUGCACCGAAUGGGGGCUCUUCCAGAGCGGCGAAGGCUUCCCUGAGGAUGUUCUUCCCGUCGUCUCUCGGGCAUACACGUACGAGUACGCGGCCAUGAAUUGCCGCCGACAGUUCAACAUGACAACUCGGCCCAACGUUCAAGCCAUUAACAAGCUUGGUGGCUUUCAGUUCAGCUUCCCUCGCGUUGCCAUCAUUGACGGUACCCAUGAUGAAUGGCGCGCUGCCACGCCGCACGCCUUUGGCCAGCGGGAUCGGAACUCGACAACGACGGAGCCGUUUAUUCUCAUCGAUGGGGCAGCCCACCACUGGGACGAGAACGGGCUGAAGGAAGAAGAUGAGGGCAAGGCCGGCCUGCUGCCAGAGGCGGUUGCUAAGACGCAGGCCAUGGAGGUAGAGUUUGUCAAGGCAUGGCUGAGGGAGUUUGACUCUGUGAAAUCAGGCAAGGUAGUCGAGGGGUAG